AUGUCUGUCACAAUUAAGGAGACCCUUUACGUUAAGCCAGCCAGGCCAACAAAAUAUGUUCAAAUUCCGCUUUCUAAUUGUGAUAUUACCUUGCCACCAGUUUAUGUCGGGCCCAUUUAUUUUUUUAAAAAUGUUUUAAAGAAAGAUAAUUUUAUGAACAUUCAAAAACUUUUAGCAUCACUUGGGGAUGUGUUAAACGAUUAUUAUCCUCUGGCUGGUACACUUAAAAGUGCGCCCAAUGGUAGUUAUAUCAUCGACUGUAAUGAUCGUGGCGUUCAAUUUAUCAUUGCUGAGUGUUCUGACAUUACAAUCAAUCAACUUGAAGAAAAGAAUUGGGAACAUGCGGUUAUUCCUUACGGAUUAUUGCAAUCAGGAACAAUAGCUAAUGAAAUUGAUCCAAUCCUAUCUAUAAUACAACACACUACUUUUGUUGAUGGUUCCGUAGCCCUUGGAUUUGCCAUACAUCAUUAUAUUAUGGAUGGUACUGGUCUUUUUACUUUUAUUAAAAAUUGGGGACUAAGAGCUCGUUUAGAACAGAUUGACCCACCUAUCCAUGAUCGAAGUUUGCUAAAAGGAAGUGGUAACACUUCUACAUAUGUUCCUGACGAAUAUGUUUUGAUGGAACCAACUGAAAAUUUUUUUUCAAAUGCACAAAAGUCACUUAAGAAUUUGUCUUCAUUAACUACCAAAAUUUUUCGCUUUAGUCAAGAUGAUCUUAAAAGAUUACGUGAUUAUUAUUCUGUUGGUAUUCCUAAUGGGAGUUGGAUUUCAACAAAUGAUGCACUU